AUGGUGUCGCUCGAAACUGUAAAAAACAGCAACUCUGCUAUCAAGGAGUAUGGCCCCAACCUGGUGGCUGUUUUCGUUGGUGGCACCAGUGGAAUCGGUGAAAGUACCGCCCGUGCUUUUGUGAAAUAUGCUGUUUCUCCGCGCGUGUAUCUCGUCGGACGGAGCGAGACUCGAGCUUCCCAGAUUAUCGAGGAUCUCCGCGCUUUGAAUCCAGAGGGACAAAUCAAUUUCAUCAAGGGCGAUGUUUCGCGUCUGCAAGAAGUAGACCAGGCAUGCAAAGAAAUUCAAGCUAAGGAGGACAAGAUUAACCUGUUGGUUCUGAGUGCUGGCAUUUUGACCACCAAGGGGCGUGAUGAGACCGAUGAAGGAUUGGAUAAGAAAUUCAGUCUCCAUUACUACUCUCGCAUGCGUUUCUUGUACAAUCUGCUCCCUCAAUUAACAAAUGCCGCUCAAGGCGCAGGCUCCGGCCAGCGCAGUCUAUCAAGUGUCCUUUCUGUUCUCGAUGGCCGCGGAAAUGCACCCCUGAUUAUGAACGAUCUGUCCUUGAAGAACAACUACUCUCUACGGAACUGCGCCAAUCAUGCAAUUACCAUGACAUCGCUGUCAAUGGAAGAGCUUGCCUCAUCGCAUCCAUCAAUCUCCUUUGUUCACGCAUAUCCAGGCAUUGUGAAGACAAGUCUACUGCGUGAUAAUGGAUUUUUGAUCAAGACUGCUUUGAGCGCAUUAUUCCUUUUGUUCUCCCCGAUGACUGUUGGGUUGGAAGAGAGUGGCGAGAGACAUGUCUACGUGGGAACCAGCCCGAGUUUCACCCCGAGAGGAUUUAAGGGAGGCAAUGAUACUGCGAUUGGCUCGGAUGGUGUUCAGGGGUCUGGUUCUUACUUGGUUGGUGCUGAUUCGGCCACCGUGAGUAACCAGAAGGUCUUGGAAGGCUACCGUGCGGAUGGAACGAGGGCAUCAGUUUGGAAGCAUACCCUCGAUAUUUUCAAGGGUAUCCGUGGGGCUUAG